CAGCGGGUCCUCCGGGGUGUGGCGUCCCUUGUCCCGCCCUGAGCCCCUCCUCUCUUAACCCGCACCACCGGUGGUCGCUCUACUACUCUGCUCUGGUCGCUCUUCGCAGACACCAGCCGACCAUCCAACUUUCGGACCAUGGCCAACCUCGAGCGUACCUUCAUUGCUAUCAAGCCAGAUGGCGUGCAGCGCGGCCUGGUGGGCGAGAUCAUCAAGCGCUUCGAGCAGAAGGGGUUCCGCCUAGUGGCCAUGAAGUUCCUUCGGGCUUCUGAGGAACACUUGAAGCAGCACUACAUUGACCUGAAAGACCGUCCUUUCUUCCCUGGACUGGUGAAGUACAUGAACUCGGGGCCUGUGGUGGCUAUGGUCUGGGAGGGUCUCAAUGUGGUAAAGACAGGCCGAAUGAUGCUGGGAGAGACCAAUCCAGCUGAUUCAAAGCCAGGCACCAUUCGAGGGGAUUUUUGCAUUCAAGUUGGCAGGAACAUCAUUCAUGGCAGUGAUUCAGUGCAAAGUGCACAGAAGGAGAUCAGUCUGUGGUUUAAGUCUGAAGAACUGGUUGACUACAAGUCUUGUGCUCACGACUGGGUGUAUGAGUAGAGGUGGUUCACUGGGUCCUUUCCAGCUACUGAUGGAUCCCUGGACAUAGCUCUUCAUUCCACAGAAUGAAUGGAUCAUCUUUUCUAAAACAAUAAAGACUUUGGAACUGGA